CCCUGGACUCAAGGGUGCAAACAUUUCUGUAAAAUGCACCCGUCCACAUCCAUGUUCAUUGUUAUUUUCCACUAAAAGAGAAAGGAAACAGCUCGCCAUUUUACGAAUUCCUGCCACCAACUGAUUUCUUUGCGUAAUAAAUUUCAAGGAGCAAAUCCAUACCGUAUUUCAGUUCUCACAAUGUUUCCAAAUUUGAUUAAAUCCAUAUUCAAGAAAGUUCGAGACACCUGGACAAUUCAGACCGAUGAGGAACACCUUACUCACAAUGGAGUCAUUCCUGAUGACAAGAUCCCCCCAUCACCCAAAAUCCAACCUCCUCUCACCCCUACUUUCUCCAUGAUAAGGGAAACUCAUCCCGGAUUUGACCCCCAGCUCGAAUACCUACAAAACACCGUCAUCACCCCAUUCCUAAAUCCGUGUACGAGAACGCGGGGCAAUUAGGGAGCACAAUGACAGAAGCAAUGCUCCUCCAUGGGACGAAUCUUGAGAUGAUAUCACUCCUCGUGAAGGCCACGAGGAAUGAAAUGUCCAUCCAAGGAGGAAACACGAACGUGGGUCUAAUUAAAGUUUGCAAUCAUAACUUGGGUUUGGUUACGGUCGAUAAUAAAUCAAUUUCCCAGGUUUUCAUAGACUCCAUAAAUAAAGGGAAGGAGUGCGAUUAUGCCAUUAUUUUCUGCCCAAAUCUCAUCACUUCGUACGUCUCCUACAUUCUCAGCCAUUUUAGCGAUAGACUGGCUAAAAUGCCAGCAGGUAAAUUUCUCCUCGUGAUUGUCAGUAAUGACAAAAAUGCGUCUUUCUUCCCGUAUGGCUCCAAUGGGAGGUUGAAACGACUUCACGUCCCGGAUCGAUUCUCUACCCUGCAGAGGAGAAAGGUUCUGCUCAAGUGCACCACGAAAUGGGGGGCAAACCAACCAAGUGACGCCCUCUUGGGGAUCGUGGCAGAAAAAAUGGUCGCACUUCCUACAGACGAGGCCGGGCAGGACGCACAGUUGAGAACUUUCUGCCAAAAAGUUUACAGUUUGGGGCUUGCUAGACUAAAGGAGAGGAACGGUUUGACUGUAAGGGAUACCAUUAGUGGGGAAGAUAUCCACGUGGGGGUGCAAGAUUGGCGGGAAGAUUUUAAUAAGAUGGUGGGUAGUGGGGAAAAGUGGGAGGAGGAGGAUUCAGCCGUCCAGCAGGAUAAGGAGGAGAUAGCGAUGCAAAGUAACGAGGAGUGGUUGGAAAUACCGGAGCUAGAAAAGUCUUCAGGUUUGACGAAGGAGGAAAAUUUAUCCGAAUUAUUUACGAAUGUGUAUGGAAAUUGUGGCAGUGUCCACAUCACCAGACGAGCAAAAUGACUUGGUGACGAUUACUGUUAAAGUACCUUCUGGUAAAAAAUGAUCAAUUGUUUUGGCUGAAUUCUGUAAAUUUAGGUUAGAAAAAGAAAUAAAUCUGUAGAGUAUGUAAAAUG